CUUUACUUUUUCACAUUUCGCCCACUCGAGGGCGUUGUGCGUUACUGUCAGACACUGUUUUACUAUAACAUAGUAAGUAAAAAAAAAACAAUCUUUAAAUUUGUGCACGCAAUGUAGGAAAAGAGAAAUAACGUUGUUACAGAAUAACGGUUAAAUGUUAAACCUUGCCCAGCCGUCGUGAAAUGUAGUUUUAAGUCUUGUCUGAAGACGACGCUCGUGCUGUAGUUGAAGAUCUCGACGCCGUCUCGCUACAAAACAGAAAAUAUCUUUGCUGCCUCACGGUUGGUUGGCUGUAGCUGCGGGUCAGUGGUGGUCUGUGAAUGCAUGGUGUCUUCUGAUACAGCCCGACUUGUAGCCACUAGACGGGCGACACUGGCUGUCAAAUCGGCUUCAUAGGCUGCAUGUUUUGAGCUAACAUUGGAAGAAGCACAACCAUGGGCGUGGAGGUCCAGACAAUAUCUCCCGGUGAUGGUGAGUUGAUUUAACCGCCUUUGUGUGCUUUGACGUGGGGUUGGCUGUCCUGGGGCUCGAUGGUCUCCCGGAAUGUCGUUCAAAAUUUGGUUAAUAUUAACGUAAUUCACGUCAAAUAACAAUUUCAGCAAUGCAGAAGGCUUAUUAAUGUACUCAUUAGUCAAACAGUACUCUAAAUUAGUAUUCGGGUCUCAAGAGGGAGUUUGGGGAGCUUGCAUGUUUACUGUGGAUCUUUCCAGAAGCCCUCACUUGUAUUGUCUAUGAAUUAAGAAUUUACGCACUGGCUACUAUGCAUGGAGAGCCUUUAAUCUCUUUGUCUGGUGUACUGAUAAUGUAAUUAACCCAGAGGCACCAGAUAGCCCCUCACCCUGGAUACAGAUGCCCCACGGCUGAAGUUUCAGCAUAAGGAUAGGACUGAGGGCGCAUUUCCACCGAAAAGACUGGGAACUUUUAGAUCCAGAAACUUCUCUUUCAGGAACUUACUGAAGCUCUCUGUUGUCUGACUUUCUACUAGAGCCUAAAGUCCUUUGAAAAUAAUACAAAUGAUAAAAGACAGAGCACUUGUGUUGGACAGUUAUUCUGUAAAUUAAGUACCAUUGAGUGUAACAUCUUGCUAGAGGAAAUAGUUUGGUCUCGUUGGCACCUAUUUUCUGCUUUCUCUGCCUAGAUGGUGUUCAUGUGUAAAUAAAGCACCUGCUUUUAAAGUAACCAGAUUGUUUCUCCCUCCUGUUACAACACCUAAAAAGUGACCUCUGAUAUGUGAAAAUGCACAUAUAACAAAGGUACUUAAUUUUACUGAUCAGAAGGGUUUGGUUCCCCUUGUCCCUCCUAUGUGUUGCACUCAUAAGGACUAGUUUUUUGUGUACAUUAGAUCAUCUUCACCCUGCCCCUAAAAGUUCCUGAACCUUUGGAAAUGAGUCCUCUCUGGUCAGCUACCUCAGAACUACAUUUAGACCCAGGUUCCUCAAAAGGUUCCUAUAGUUCCUGGGGAAAGUUCUUGUUGUUGAAAAGCAAACAGACACAUAUUUCACCCUGCUGUUUUUGGAAGCAUAGGGGAGAUUACACUCCUGCCAGGAACACCUCUCCAGACUAAACCCAGUAAUCCACUGGAUUAGCCUGAUAGCUUGUGAGGCGUCCAAACACACAAUAACAAUUGUUCUCUCUUUCUCUUUCACAGGAAGAACAUUUCCAAAGAAGGGCCAGACAUGUGUUGUUCAUUACAUAGGUAACCGGCUCUUUCUUUACAUAAACCAGACGUCUUUCCUGUCUCCUUGUCGAGAGAGGAAAUUUGUCCCUAUAUGAGUGUUGUUGUUUUUCUCUGUCUUGACAAUAUCUGGUGCACAGCAGGGCUCGGUUCACAGCCGAGCUCUCACAGAAUGCACAUGCAGCCAGACAUGUAUGCACCUGUGUGUCACUAAUGGUUUCAGAGUCAAGGGUGGGUGCUGCAACCUCACCCAGAAAACACGAUAUUGCUUUUGCAAAGUCGAAAUCUGGUCUCAGUGCUUCUGUAGAGGCACACACUCGUGCUUUCUCCUUCCUGUUUGUCUCUUGUCAGAUUGCCCAGUUUUGAUGCGGGGCAGAAAGGCGCUGGGAUAUUUGGGGAAUAAAUUUGGGUUAUUUGCUGCCCCCGGGGUUGGCAGUCCAGACAUCUAGGUCAGACAGAAAGUAAACAAAGCCUAGUUCGCAUGUCAUCUGACUGUCUGAGUAUUACCGUGUUAUUACACGGCUAUAAAAGUUAUUGCACGCUCAGCUGCAAACAGGUUUGUCUGGAGGCUGUGGGUAUUAUUGUUUUGCUCAUGUUUAGAAAUCUGCAGUCAUCAGUCCUGACAUUUAUUUGAUGGCUUGAUUAACAACCCUUUGAGUUCAGUUUGACAUGUCUUGUUUGGUUUUGUGUGAGGAUUGACUCUAAAUCAAAGAAAAAAAAAGAGUGCUCAAAUUUUUCGGACUGGAAAAAUUCUGCAGAUUUCCUCCCUGGAGUCCGAUCUCUGCAGAGGUCUGCGACGGUAGUAAUGAAUUAUGCUAUAUUUGGAAGUGAUUCAUCUCAGCAUGUGAGGCUGCUCUAUUAAGAUACAGAACAUCCCGGUCUGGGACAGUCUUGCAGAGGGAGGGUGUGUGCAGUCUCUUCCCUUUUGUCUGGUGGCUCUGUUUCCCUUCACUCACUAUCAUUUGGUUGGAUAUUUUUUUGCAUCUAGGUAAUUGAUAUCAAAAAUCGUCUAUAUGCUGGAGCCUGUUAACACUCAUGUUGGCCAGGCUGGGUAUUUUUUUAAACACCAGGGACAAUCUCCGUCUCGUGUUCUCAUUGUCUGAAUCCGCCUGUGUCAUCCCCUUCUUUUGGCUUUUCCUUUCUGACUCACAGGAUUUACCAUUAAGCUUCUGGUAUUUUGGCAGCGGCGGCACGCAAAAUGCAGAGUUAAGCCAAAGCAAGGACCCACGUGCCGGCGGAGCACAAAAAAGAGCUAAAAAUAUGUUAUUGUGUCAGCGGGGGGGAAAUACGUACACGGAGAAAAGAAUGACUAAGAGUGAAAGGGGAGAGCCGUGAACAAAGAGACAAAAGGGUCUUAAACUGGAGGAUUAAUAAGAAAGAGUGAUGUUUUCUUCAGAAGGAGAGCAUGUCUGUAAUCAAGUUACAAGUUUUCUCUCAAUUUGGGUUCAAAACAAACAGUUUUUUAAAGCUCCAGUAGGAAAUUUUGUGUUUCUGUUGACUUUGGCGCCCCUCCUGGAUAAAGUGAUAUCUUUGCUGAUCUUCUCUUGUACACAUAUAAGUUUUUUCCUGUCAGUCUCAGCUGCAUUUGAUCAUCACACAGUGGCAUUUGUUGCAUGUGAACGUGUUGAACGGUGAACUGAGCCGCUCGUGAAGGCGAAAGGUGAGCGAAGUUCACUCUGGAGUCACUUUCUGGAAGGAUCCCAGACGUUCCAAGAAUGACCGAGCAGUACGUGUUAUGGCAGCCGAAGCUGGAUGUUGUGCAAAGUCUAUAAAGUUAGUUUAUUGCGACAAACAGAGGAGCUGAACCUCUGUAGGUUCUUCCACAUUAGUCGCCAAUAUUGUUAGUAUUAUCUAUAGUAUGUGGAGAUGAAUUUUCUGCACUGGUGUUAGCUUUCCAGAUAGCAGAGCAAAGAUAAACAGAGAGGACACAGUCAGAGUGAUUCCCCCAAUCCAUUAUGGGAUUUGAAACGUCUCCGUUUUCAGCGUUUAACAUCACAGAGGUGCGGUUCUCACACUCCCUCUCCUUCACACACUCUCACUGCUGUGCCGUUUUGAUCCUCACUUUCUCCUGCGGGAUUUUAAAUAUGCAGACACACACACAUGCCGCAGAGCACACAGACAGUUAUGUGCAUGACCCCCCUCUGACUGUGGCGAGAGCUGCAGCUGCCCAAAUUAGCAAGAGUGCCCGUCGCUCAUUGUGAGGCAGGUAAGGGCUGUGGCUGUGCAAUAAUUAUCUCCCUCUGUUUUCAUUCCAAGCUUAAAGGGAUAUUCUGAUGUAAAUUAUGUUAGGGUCAAACAUGCCGUAAAACCAAGUUAGUCACCCCGUCGAGAGAUGAAUCUUGCCGACCGUUUGCUUCUCUAGUUAUACCAACUUUAGUAACGACCGCAGAUAGCAAUACAGAGAGCCAUGCGCUCAACCAAAACGCCACUCUAUAGCCACAAAUAAUGAUCAGAACAGCACCUAACUUCAUCAACAGUACAUAUAGGGUCCCAGCCAUAGUACUAGCCGCCAAACAUCUUUUAGCUUUGCCUGAUUUCUUUCACAAAGAGACUAAACACAACUCACCCACUCUCUUCCAGCAGCCGCUUGUUUGUACGGAGAACUCAGAUAAGCCAAAACUGACUGCAGCGGAGUUUCACAGCUCAAGGAAGAACAUUUAUGAUCAUUUCUUCGUGGAAAUGCAAUCAGAUUGAGACGCUAAGGCAGAAGAACUACCACUGCCACAGCACUAGCCGCCAAACAUCUUUUUACCCACCAAACAUCGGACGUCGAAGAGACGUGCAGAUCAAGUCAGUAUUGGGUCGGUCCGUCAAAGACCACAUCUAGACAUCAGUGCGACGUGCAAAAUAGGUUAGAAAUUUCAAUGUCCAAAUUGGACCUUUUUUAGACGUCACGGAUCAAAGAUUUAGACGUCAUUAUUGGACCUCUUUUAGACGUUGAAAUGACGCCCACAUUUGUACCUCAUCGUCGAAAAAAAUCGUUACAGCAAUCGUUACAAUCGGGACACAGCUCUAAGAAGAACAUUUAUGAUCAUUACUCUAUCUAUCAUCGUCGCCCUGCUGCAGUCGUGAUGGACUCGCCCGGAGGUCUCCGUACAAACAAGCGGCUGCUGGAAGAGAGACGGUGAAUUGUGUUUAGUCUCUUCGUUAAAGAUAUCAGGCAAAGCUAAAAGAUGUUUGGUGGCUAGUACUAUGGCUGGGACUCUAUAUGUACUGUUGAUGAAGUUAGGUGCUGUUCUGAGCAUUAUUUGUGGCUAUAGAGUGGCGUUUUGAUUGAGCAUGUGGCUCUCUGUAUUGCUAUCGUGCGGUCGUUACUAAAGUUGGUAAAACUAGAGAAGCAAGCGGUCGGCAACAAUCAUCUCUGGACGGGGGUGUCUAACUUGGUGUCAUGGUGUGUUUGACCCUAACUUAAUUUACGUCAGAAUAUCCCUUUAAGUUUGUGUCAGAUCGAUCAGCAGCCAAACCCACUUAUACCUCUUUACAGCCAGGUCAGUACGAGGGCUAAAUGCUUGUGUAAGGGACUGGAGGCAGAGUUAUGGUUGAGGUAGAAAAGACAGUGAGUUAGAAGAGCUUUAUGCACAUUUCCAGCCAUGAGACACAACCAAACUAUAGAUUAUAUUAACGGUACGAUCAGAUCUAUAGAUAAGUUACAAAUCUUAAAGAGAUUAACUUUAUUAAUUGAUCAUGUGCUGUGAGAUAGUGUGUCGAGCCAACUGCACCAAAGGAGAGAUGGCGCUUAAUUAUUUACCAGAGUUUCCAGACAUGUAGGGCCAUAAAGCUGUCUGGACACUUGUUGGUGUUUUCCCAACGCUUUUGUUGUACCAUAUGAAAUCCUGUUGGUGAUAUGGAGUUGUUGUCAUAAUCUAUAAAGCUAAAACGAGCAGAACAAAGUCCUCACACUAAUUCAGUGUGGUGUAAAUUCAUCCAGACUUCAUUUUUGACCGUUAUCCUUCCUGUCGCGCCAGUACGAGCGUUACCUUUUUACCCUUUUCCUCCCAUUCUUUGGUCGUCAAGUGUUUCCCUUACACUUCGCAGCUUGGCAGCGCUCGGGUCCAGCUGUUUUCUCCUCAGAAAACCUUAACUUUUCUGUGGUAUCAUGAGAACAGCAGGCGCGGUGGAUAUGAUGUCAUGCCUAAAUGCGGACGUCAUUCCUUACCAUGUUUGAGCUCCACGCUCGACUGCGAAACGUGCUGAAGAAGAGGAGGUCGAGUGACCCUCCCUGUGUGUGUGACACAGAAAUAGAGACUGCAACAUGGGUUUGUGUGUCAGGAGAUACUGAACUCAUGUUGCAGGGAAGGGAGUGUUGUGAUUGAAUGCCGUGGGAAGCGUUCAGUCUUGACACUUUGGAGGUAAACACUAAAAGAAAAGCAGAUAUCUAUGAGGUUUUUUUUUUGGUCAGAAUCUGCAGGUAAUUUACAUUUUUAGUUCAUGUCUUCGAAAUACGAUGAAAAAGGCGAUUUUGGGAGAAACAAACCACUCAAGCAAACUUUUCAAUCAGCCCACUUCACAAAUAAUUCAGAAUUGACUCUUUAUUUCUCAAAAUGCAGCAGCAGCAGCGAGGAUCAUUUUCAGACCUGUGCUGCAGCAACAAACCAAACCUAUCUAUCGCACGUACCACCACUUCAUCUCGCUCUGCAUAUAAAUGAAGCGCGAAGGAGAUUUAAUUCUUUCCAUUGAGACAAACGUGCUCACAGCUGUGAAAUGCUGCAACACGCAUAAGUCUGUUGCGGACAGAUAGCAUUACACGCAUCUCGUUUCAUCCACACUUACUUGGGCAGAGGAAGGGGGUUGUUGUGCUGGCAGGCGUCCUAGACGGGGCUGAGACAGGAUACAGUAAACGGAGUAAAAAUAACCCCACCCCAGUGCGCAGCGGCUCUCUGCAGAUUCAGCCACACAGCUCCUCUGAGUGGAAGCCUCUCAUGGGGAGAAAGUGUGGGAGCUGGACUCAGGAAGUGACUGGGGCCCUGCUUUAUUUUUGCAGGGACCCCACCCAUGCUUAGCUGUGCAGAGUGAUAACAGACCCCUUGAUAGCACUGGUGAAGUAGUAGUAGUAGUAGUAGGUGAUAGAGUUAUAGUGUACAUUUCACGAGGUUGAUUUUUCACUGUGUUGUAUCUUUGUGAGAUGUCGUAAUCGAGAUCUUGUUUCAGAACAAUGCAGCUUCAUAUUUUUGCCCACAGGAAGAGCGAGCAGGUGGUGUUUUCACCUUUGUGUUUUGUCCUCUCAUACUAGUUUUUACAGUCCUUGUUGUUAUGGCUGUUAACCCCUCUUCAGACUCAGUUACCCCCCUCCCUCAGAUACCACUGGAGUUGUUCGCUGCUUCUUUUAGUGUAACACAGAGGAGCGUUUACAAAUAGAGUGUUAAAUUAUCAGGUGUUAAUACCUCCUUUUACGUCAGCAGACUCUAAACAGAGACCCCGUCCAACCAGUGUGACCCACUAGUGUUACGCCCAGGACACGAUCCCUUCGUUGGCUUCCCACCUUUGAACUCUGCCAAUCAGUGUUUCCCAGCAGGUUGCAGCCGCCGCCGCUGCCAGAAACCCAACCUGCUUCAUAUGCAGCUAAUGCAAGAAGGUAACCGCUCCGGCGCUCCUGCAGCAGGUGGUGUAAGUCUCGGUGAAUGCACUUGAUGACUCUGGGGUCGGGUCGAGCCAAGCCUGCUGAUAUCUGGGCUGCUUUGAUUCUUGGAAAUGAUGAACCUACUAAGUUUAGGGGGGUUGUAAGGGGAGAAGCAAUACAGUACCAGCAUCCACCCAUGUGACCAGAUGAGCCGUCAGUAAAGUUGACUUUAAAUGCCAACACUUGUUCAAUUAGGACAGAGAAAGAUAAACCGAAGGAGAGUGUGAGUGCGGGCGGAUGCUGUCACAUUUACAGCAAUUUACACUUAAUGCUGCUUCCACCUCCUGUAAGACUUUACCUCGAUUUUGAGAGCAGCAGAUGCAGCUAUAAAAGUAAACUGAAUUAAAUCAAGCAGUUUCUUAAUGUUGAUAUCAAAAAGUAUGACCAAGAGCUUUAAAAAACUCUUAAAAUAUGAUACUCUUUCUGAUAUAAGUGAAUUACUGUUAAAGCAGUGUAAACACCCUUUACUGCUUUGUCGACUUCAGUAGACUUAAAGGGGUAUUCUGAGGUAAAAUAAAUUUAAAUGAGCCACAAAUAAUGCUCAGAACAGCACCUAACUUCAUCAACAGUACAUAUAGGGUCCUAGCCAUAGUACUAGCCACAAACAUCUUUUUACCUUUGCCUAAUUUCUGUAGCAAAGAGACUAAACACAACUCACCUACUCUCUUCCAGCAGCCGCUUGUUUGUACAGAUACCUCGGGCCAAUCCAUUACGGACUGCUGCGGGGUGACGCAGCUCAAGGAAGAACAUUUAUGAUUAUUUCUUUAUCAUUUCCUUGAAGUAAUAAUCAUCACAUUAAUCAUUUUGCACUGCAGACAUGAUAGUUCUUCUGCCUUAGCAUCUCAGUCUGAUUGCAUUUCCAUGAAGAAAUGAUCAUAAAUGUUCUUCCUUGAGCUGCGUCACCCCGCUUUAGUCCGUAAUGGACUGGCCUGAGGUCUCGCUACAAACAAGCGGCUGCUGGAAGAGAGUAGGUGAGUUGUGUUUAAUAUCUUUGCUAAAGAAAUUAGGCAAAGCUAAAAAAGAUGUUUGGCUGCUAGUGCUAUGGCUGGGACCCUAUAUGUACUGUUGAUGAAGUUAGGUGCUGUUCUUAGCAUUAAUUGUGGCUAUAGAGUAGCGUUUUGGUUGAGGUUUGUUUAUGGCCCCCCAGACUGCUGUGUAUUGCUAUCGUGCGGUCGUUACUAAAGUUGGUAUAAGUAGAGAAGCAAGCGGUCAGCAAAAUUCAUCUCUCGAGGAGGUGUCUAACUCUGUGUUACGGUGUGUUUGACCCUAACUUAAUUUUACAUCGGAAUAUCCCUUCAACCACAAUCGUGGAUUAGUCUGCAAAUUUGACAGUCGUCCCCAAGACAUUUAUCUACACCCUCAACAAGGAGGCUAAGACGCAGCAGGUUAGAUAAGGUUGUAUUUUUGUAUAUAACUGGAGGGUUGAUUGUUGAAGUGUGAAGUGUUUAAGGAAAAGGUGCACAUGCAACAGGGAUGACUGCAGCCUUGAGAGGAUUGUCUAGAAAAGUCGAUUUGUGAACUUGGCAGGGCUUCAGUAGUAGUAGUGGUGGUGUCAGGCUGGUGUCAGUGCAUCAAGAGCCAUUACUUUACCUGUCACAUGCAGAGACAAUGUCCUAGGCUCAGGUCAAACUGUAACUUUUUAUAUUGAAAAAGCGAGUGUUAUUCAUAGUGCUCCAAAAGUGAAGCCUGUGUCUGACUCCUGCAGUGGUGCGAAAAAAGGCCCCAAUGUUCUCAUCAUGCCUCAACGCUCGGUCAGCGCCCUGGAGGAGCUCAGUCCUGCACCGCUCCGCCUUUGUUACCCACUUCUCCCUGUGGUCUAGAUGCAGGCAAGCAAUGGCCUAGUUAACUUCAAAAAUAAUCCACUGAACCAGGCCAACACUUCCCGGUUCACAUUCCCUUUGUUCAUUUGGGUAAUUGAAACAGGCCCAGAGAAGCUGAUAAGAAAGCCUCUAAGAGAAAAGUUCCUGAGACUGGAGCCAGCUUGGCUUUUUUCCCUUUAAUCAUAAAAUGCCUCAUGUUGGGAUUUUAGCCACAGAGGAAAGGGUGUGCAUUGAUCUGGUAUCACAUGAUAAACGGGCAUAAAGAGUUCAGGAGAGCUUUACAGCCAUGUGAGUGAACACUUCAGAUGUGUGAAAUUGUAGUUUUACUUGAAAACUUUCUGUUUCUUUGUCAGGUAUGCUGCAGAACGGGAAGAAGUUUGACUCCUCUAGAGACAGGAACAAGCCCUUUAAGUUCAAGAUCGGCAAAGCAGAGGUCAUUAAGGGCUGGGAUGAAGGAGUAGCACAGGUAGGUUUGUUGCAAAAAAGUCCCUUUUUUUUGUACUGCACUGUUAAAAAAACAAUGACAAUCUAUUCACAAGCGUUUGUAUUCUUAGUUGGGUGAACAUGAAAAUUAAAAUAGCUAUAAUACAUGUCAGACCAACAAUGUGCGCCUCAAUAAAGACCAAAUAUGUAAUCCUAAAUUAGCAGAAUUUGCAAUUUGUUUGCACAACAAAGUCGGAAAAAUUCCCAUAAUGCAGUUCAGAUAUUGACCCAUGAGGUCUGCCGAAGAAGACCUACGAGGUUUACCACGUUCCAUCGCAAGGGCAAGUUCUCCCUCAUUGUGUGUCACGGCCAGAGGGAGAAGAGGACUUUUUCAAGUGGACCAGCUUCAGUCCAAGUUGUUUAAGUAUUUUAUGUGAAAAUAAACAUGUCUGAACUGUAUUAAGUGUAUUAACUAAUAAAGAAUGUGGUGUUUACUUAAGUCAAUUGGCUACUUUUUCAGUUUAGCUAGCAAUGCUUGUCUAUCUACAUUGCUUGUCUGCUGUAAAAUUAUCUUUUUGUUCCCUCACGAUGUGUUUCUUAGCCGCGUGUUUAAUCGAACAUGUAACUGAGCAGGCAAUUUUAUCUCUGGGGCGCAUUCAUGAUGCACGCCGCCUCCACGCUCACUCGCUGCGGAGAAAGCCGUUAACUUUAGCUAUUAGCAAGCGGCUGCUAGCCGAUGGCUAGCGCUGCUAAAUGCUUAUAUUGGCAAAAUGAAGAAAAAAUAGUUGUGACAAAUAAAAAAUAAUUGAGCAAAUAAAAGUGUUUAUAUUGGCAAAACGAAAAAUAAAUAGUAGCGACCAUUCACAGAACAGCGUAAAGGUAAUUGAUACAACGAUGAAAUGUCACUUAAGAAAAAAUCUAAAAAAUCUUUCUGCAAAAGGUUGCCUUCAAAUUUUAUAUUUUUUUCACAGUAUGCUUGUUUUAAAGUCCAGAACUGUAACCUUUAACCCUGUGAUUGUUUUUGCUUUAAGAUGAGCCUGGGCCAGAGGGCAAAAAUCACCUGCACACCAGACCUGGCUUAUGGAACAACAGGCCACCCCGGAGUCAUCCCUCCGAACGCUACACUCGUAUUCGACGUGGAGCUGCUCAAGCUGGAGUGACGCCCCGGGUUAAGUAGAAAGGUUACGGCUUAAUGACGCUGCGUUCACCACAACCUGUUUCAACUGGGAGACCAUACUCGAUUACCGCCUCCCGGCAUCCACCUGUUCUUCUUCAUUGAUUUAUACAGUCAUCUUCUUCAGUUCAGUAUUCAAACGUGCAUAAUGCUGCUUUGAUGCCAUCUUGUCAAAAGAAAUACUGAAAAAAAAAUUGCUGUUGUUAGUUGAAGAUGCUUUUAUGUCGGAUUUUGUUUAAAAGUUGUAAAUUUUGUUGAACCAUAAGGAAAUCAGGCCGUAUGUUUCAUUGCAUCCAAAACUGCCUUACAGCUCCUACAACAGAGGAUCGGUUCAUAUGUUGAAAAAUCAUAACUUCUGCUCUGCAUCUUAACUGGGCAUUAUAAAUAUAUAUAUUUACCACUGUCUGCAUUGCCACUUUGAUAAAGGUUUGUCCUGCUGAAUGCUCUGAAUGAUGUUGCUACGUUUAGUAUAUUUUAUAUCCCUCAUAAACAUUGACUGCAAGUGUAUCCUAUCCAGUCUAACCCAAUCCAAUACUGUACAGAACUAUACAAGAGCCAUUGCUACCACAACAGUUUAUCGACCAACUCUUGAAUAAAAAUGGCAUGUACUGUGUUAAGAGA